UUAUUAUUUCAUUUUUCUAUAUUAGAAGUGAUCAUCAUUUUUCACCCUCUUCAUAUUUUUCACCCAAAAUAAUUAAAUUAAAUUAAAUUAAAUUAGAUUAAAUUUGUUGUGAGGUGAGGUGUUAAGAAGAAGAAGAAAUAAAAAAUGGGUUCAGAGACAUUUCUUGAAGUGAUCCUCGCAAUUUUGCUUCCUCCAGUUGGUGUCUUCCUCAGAUAUGGCUGUGGAGCGGAAUUCUGGAUUUGUUUGUUGCUCACAGUGUUGGGAUACAUACCUGGGAUUAUAUACGCCAUUUACGUGUUGGUCGUUUAGGGGGGCAUAUUCGUAAUUUCACUUUCUUUCUUUCUUUUUCUUUUUCUUUUUUUUUUUUUUUUUUUGGUAGAAAUUAAUUGAACUUCUGUACUGUAUGAGUUUUAACUAUGUUGAUCUUUCAUGUCGGGUUUCUCUAAAUCUCUUGAGAUUAUUGAGUUCUAGU